GCGCAGCCCGACCGCUCCUCAUGGCGGCGGCGGUGGCGGCGGGUUGGGCGCAGCCGGGUGGUCACUGAUCUGCGAGCCUGGCGGGUGAGCGUCGAACCGUCCCGGCUUCCCCGUGCCUGCCGGGCUCCAUACUCCUGAUGCUGCAAGGGUGCUGAGCCCGCCCCGGCCGGGACGAUGGUGAAGUAUUUUCUGGGCCAGAGCGUGCUCCGGAGUUCCUGGGACCAAGUGUUCGCUGCCUUUUGGCAGCGGUACCCUAAUCCCUAUAGCAAGCAUGUCUUGACCGAAGACAUAGUACACCGGGAGGUGACCCCUGACCAGAAGCUCCUGUCCCGGAGACUCCUGACCAAGACCAACAGGAUGCCCCGCUGGGCAGAGCGACUGUUUCCUGCCAAUGUUGCUCACUCGGUGUACAUCCUGGAGGAUUCUAUCGUGGACCCACAGAACCAGACCAUGACCACCUUCACCUGGAACAUCAACCAUGCGCGGCUGAUGGUGGUGGAGGAACGAUGUGUUUACUGUGUGAACUCUGAUAACAGCGGCUGGACCGAAAUCCGCCGGGAAGCCUGGGUCUCUUCGAACUUAUUUGGUGUCUCCAGAGCUGUCCAGGAAUUUGGUCUUGCCCGGUUCAAAAGCAAUGUGACCAAAACUAUGAAGGGUUUUGAGUACAUCUUGGCUAAGCUGCAAGGUGAGGCCCCUUCCAGAACCCUUGUUGAGUCAGCCAAGGAGGCCAAGGAGAAGGCAAAGGAGACGGCACUAGCAGCUACAGAGAAAGCCAAGGACCUUGCCAGCAAGGCAGCCACCAAGCAGCAGCAGCAGCAGCAGCAGCAAUUUGUGUAGGCAGCCCAGACCUUGGUGCAAAAGCACGCCAGACCACCCGCUCAGAUCCCUCUGCCUUUCUUCCUUGUACUUUAUUAUUAAAAGUCAACUUCCAGCCCU